CACUCCCGCGACGAUGCUGCCGCGGGUUGGUCGCUGCCGCCCGGCUCCGGCCGCCUGGCUCCGGCUGCUGCUGCUGGCGGCGGCGCUGCCCCGGCCGGCGCUGCCCGAGGUGCUGUUCCGCUGCCCGCCCUGCAGCGCCGAGCGCCUGGCCGCCUGCGCCCCGGCCGCCGCCUGCCCCGAGCUGGUGCGGGAGCCCGGCUGCGGCUGCUGCCCGGUGUGCGCCCGCCUGGAGAACCAGUCGUGCGGGGUGUACACGCCGCGCUGCGCCGCCGGGCUCCGCUGCUACCCGCACCCCGGCGCCGAGCUGCCGCUGCAGGCGCUAGUGCAGGGCCAGGGCACCUGCGCCCGGAGACGGGACGCCGCGGAGUACGGGGCCAGCGCCGAGCCGGGCGCAGACAAUGGUGAGGACGAGCCUGAAGAAGUCUUUACGGGGAAUUAUGUGGAUGGCACACCCGGGGUGGUGAGUGGAGGUGGCGGGAGAAAGCCCAUGAAGCCUGGCAUGAAGGAGCUUGCGGUCAUGCGAGAGAAAGCGAAUGAACAGCAGAGACAGAUGGGCAAAGCCAUCAAGCACCACCACAACCAUGAAGAGUUGAAGAAAUUACGGCCAUCAUCCAUGAGGACCCCCUGCCAGCAGGAAUUGGAUCAGGUCUUGGAACGUAUCUCAACCAUGCGUCUGCCAGAUGAGCGUGGCCCGUUGGAGCACCUCUAUUCCCUGCACAUCCCCAACUGUGACAAGCAAGGCUUUUACAAUCUCAAACAGUGCAAGAUGUCUGUGAAUGGGCAGCGAGGAGAGUGCUGGUGUGUGAACCCCAUCACUGGGAAAGUGAUCCAAGGAGCGCCCACCAUUCGCGGAGACCCUGAGUGCCACCUCUUCUACACGGCACAUGAACAGGAGGAGCGGGGAGCACACGCCCUGCGCACGCAAUAGAUGGACGCGUUCCUGCUCACUGGAGACUGCUCAGCCUGGCCCCGGUGCUGGAUUUUACAUGGGUUUCAGCAUGUCUAUUUAUAUCCUGAAAAAGACUGGCUUUGUGCAUUGCCUGUGGCCCUCUUCUCUUGCCUUCAGCCUGCUGGGGAAGGACUGGGGUGCAGGGUGGGUUGCAAGAGGGGAAGGGGCAGAAAUUGCUUUUCUUUGGUCUUUCGUGUAAAGUCAAUGAGAGACAAAGCUUUGUCUUCUAUCGGCUCUGCCCCCACUGCAGCGUACUAGGUAUUCGUGUGCUUCCAGAAUCACCCGCGGCCCACUAGCCCCACCACCGCAACGUGAUAGCGUAGUGCAAGGGAAACAGGGCAUACGCGGGAGGCCCAGGUGAAAGCCAAGCAGCCCUGUUGAAUGUAGAGUCCUGAGCUCCCCGGAUGUCUCCAAAGAGCCUAGGUGAUAAUGCUCAAAACAAGAUGGAUGAAAAUCUCUCUUCCCUCCCUCCCAAGACCAAAGAAUGUAAAUAAUACACAUCACCUCCUGCUCGAGUCCUGUCAACCUGUCCCGAUUGCCAACCUGCUGUUUCAUGAAGUGGGCUGUGGUGGUGGGGUAGGAAAGGAGGGGAAUUCCUGAAUGUCCCAGAUGGAUCACGCCAGUACACAGCUCCAAUAACCCUCCUCGGGCAAGGCAAGGGAGAGAGAAAGGAAGUGAGACUGUACAGCCAGCCCCAUGCAUUGCACCUGGGGCCCUAUCCCCGGAGAGGCGGAGCACUUUCAGUUCUCAGAGACUUCACUGAGAGGGGAUAGUUCUCGGGAUCUCUCAGGACCUGGCCCUGAAUUAUAACCCAAAUCUUAAAGAUCCAGCCCCGGGAUCUGCUGGGCAAUCUCACUUCUUGGGGAUAGGAGCCUUACGGGUAAGGUGGGAAUUAAGGGUCUGAUCCUGAGAGAUGCUGACCACCUGCAAUUUAAUUUAAUUGCAAGUGCUCCGUAUUUCCCAGGAUCAGGCCCUACAUUUUUUUAAUUGAAGAAGCAAGAAUUAAAUUACAGAGAGAGGAGGGCUCUUGCAGGUUUAGAGUAACAAUCCAGGGAGUCUCUCUCUCUCUCUCUCUCUUUCUAAAUAGCAAAAACCCAUCUAAAACCCGCACUUCCAAGCGGCUGCCAACGUCCCUCAUAUGUUGCAGGGAGCAUCAGCCAUUCAGCACACACCUUUUGUAAGUAAAGUGCAGUAUAUAUAUAGUGCUUUGGAAAGCGCCCCCCACGCCCCCCAUGUGCGCGCGCGUGCACACACACACAUACACACACACUCUCUCUCUCUCUCUCAGAUUUAAUAAACACAAUUCCAGGAACUGUCAGUGAUGUUGCACUGGAAGAUCAGUUCCCACACUUUACUUUACACAUUGAUUUGUUUCUGUAUGAAACACACAGAAGCCAUGA